AGUGGAGGCGGACCAGAAAAUGACUCCAGUCGCGUGUGUUAAGUAGUGAAGUAGGUAGGCACUCGAUAGAGAGGCGGCAGACCAUAGGAAGAGAGUAACUCGGGGGUCGGCUACCAGAUCCAGAAACCCGGAGUCCUCCCUGAGUCCUUCUUCUGCUUUACCCCGAGUUCAUCACUUAGUCGGGCGGAUUGCACCUCUUAACUGUUCCAAGUAGCAUUCCUUUUCGCCCAUCCCCUCUGCGGCGACUCUAGCUAAGGCCACCGUCAUUUCUUACCAGGACUACUCUGGAGCCUCUUUGCUGCUUCCAGUCGUGGCAAAGGACUCCUCCUGGCCCGAGUCCCCAAAGAUCUUUCUAUGACGCCUUUCCAGCCACGCCACUCCUCUGCUUUGAACGUUGCAACCGCUUCCCACUGUACGGUUUGCAAGUGUAUUCACCAUCUGGUCCUUCUUCGCCUUUCCCAGUAUCUCUCCGCUCUCUCUAGCAUCUCUGCCCCGGCGACACUGACAUCAUUUCCUUUAAUGCAGUUCCCUGGGAUGCUCUUCCGAAUAGAUUCUGAAGACAGGAGGAGCUAAUGCCCAGAGCAGCACGUAACUGGUCUUCAGAAUGGCCGCAGCCCCCCAGGCACCAGGGAGGGGCUCUGUGCGGAAGACGAGACCUUUACCUGUGAAGACGUCAUUGAACAACCCGUACACCAUCCGCUGGGGUGCCCUGGACGGGGAGGAUAUGCACUUCAUACUACAGACCCUGGAGGACAGGAUUAAAUCUCUCGGGCUUCAGAAGACUGAGGACAGGAAGAGAAAGAAAAAGCAGCCCGCUUUGAAAACACAAAGCGGAGACACGUGCAGCCUGGAUGUGGACACCGGUGAGGAUCUGAAGGAGGAAAAGCCGGAAGGUGGACCCCAGGCAUCCGGGUGGACCCCUGCCGACGUCAGAAGGCAGCUUGCCAUCGGCAUCAACGAGGUCACCAGAGCCUUGGAGAGGAACGAGCUGCUCUUGGUCCUGGCAUGCAAGUCGGCCAAGCCGGCCAUCGUCACCGCGCACCUGGUGCCGCUGAGCGCCAGCAGAGGUGUCCCUGCCUGCCAGGUGCCCCGGCUCAGCGAGAGGCUCGCACCCGCCAUGGGCUUGACGUGCGUCCUGGCCUUGGGGUUCAAAAGAAACACCGCUGCCUUUGCAGAGGAAGUGAGGGCCAUCAUCCCCAGAGUCCCCCGUCUGGACGUGCCGUGGCUCCGAGGCACACUUGAAGACCCCGGGGAGAACCCGGAGAUGGAAUCUUUGGAAAGCCAAGACAAAGAGAUUUUGGACACUUCCUUCGAAGACCUCUCUAAACCCAAGAGAAAGCUCGCUGAGGGUCAGCAGGCUGCAGUGUUACAACCCCUGAAAAUAAAGAAACUGAUUCCAAACCCCAAUAAGAUAAGGAAACCACCCAAAAGUAAAAAAACGGCUUCAAAGUAAUCUUGUAUAAACCUGUCACUUCAUACAGUUGUAAAACGACACCUUGUAGAGAAGCCUUGAAAUGAAUAAAAUGACUUUUACAUA